AUGAAGUUUGGAAAGGAGAUACAAUCUAAUCAGAUUCCGGGAUGGUCUCAUCAAUAUCUCGAUUACAAGGCGUUGAAGAAGAUCAUAAAUUCCCUCAUAAAAGGCAGGCCAAGAGACGCUGGUAGUCUGUCGAUUGGGAUCAGGCCGGGUGCAUCGAGCGGAAGCACCAGUAACAACAUUAGCAACAGCAUCAGCUCCAACACCAGCAUAUCGAUGGAAGAUUACCGAUCAUCUUUCUUCUUCAAGCUGGAGAGAGAGCUCGAGAAAAUUAACGGAUUCUACCUUGCAAAGGAAUCUGAGCUCAAGAUACGCAUACAGAUACUCAUCGAUAAAAAGCGGCACAGCAAACGAUCGAGCCACGUCGCUCUCGAUGAAGGUUUCCAGCACCUCGAACGUCAACUUGUCGCUUUGCAGGCUUAUGUCGACAUCAACGCCACUGGAUUUAGAAAGAUACUCAAGAAAUGGGAUAAGCGGUCUAAAUCUAAUACCAAGGAGCUCUAUCUGGCCAGGCAGGUGGACGUACAGCCUGUGUUCAACAGGGAAGUACUCGCAGAGCUAUCCAACGUAGUUGCAACGAACCUCAUUGAUCUUGAGAAUGCACAAGACCCCGAUCAGCACACUGAGAAUAUGUCUAUCGACAGCUACAGCGAUGUCGAGAAUAUGGUUAUAAAGCUACUUAAAAAGGGAAACACAGCCGGUUUAAUGAGCUUGCUGCAGAAUCACAAGGGACUGAGAUUGACGUGGGAGUGUCUCGUCUAUGCCGCUCGAGAGGACGAGAUGGACGCGUUGACACAGCUAGCGCAGAUUGAAUGGAGCUAUGUCGAUGAUAUCAAUAACCGCACCUGUCUCCACAAAGCUGCUAUAGUUGGCAAUCUUGCGCUUGUUCGCCUCGCUUUACAGCAUGCGGUGGAUCCAAGCAGCUUAGACAUAUUCGGACGGAACAGCAUCCACUACGCCGCACUUAAUGGACACGACGUAGUACUCGACCAUCUUCUCCACCUGAACUCUAUCGAUUCGAGGAGGGCGGAUUACGACGGCUACACGCCAUCGCUGUACACAAUUGUCAAUGGACAUGAUGAGUGUUUGAGGCUGCUAGUCAGCCAGCUUUCUUCACCUGCCCCGUCCAGCCUCCAUCCACUAUGUCUGGCUGCGCAGUACGGACACCAGUCCAUCGUUCGGACGCUGCUCCAGCUGUCCAAAGACGACAUUGGACCGAACGCCGAGGGUCUAUUCGCUCACCACUUGGCAGCGAGAGGCGGACAUGCAGAUAUAUGUCGCCUGCUAGCGAAAGAGGGCGGCGAGAAGCAGGGAGGGCUGCAUAUCCAAGACAAGUAUUCAGCGUGGACGCCGUUGAUGCAUGCUGCCGACGGGGGGCAUUUAGAGUGCGUUAACGUUCUCCUCAGUUUCGGCUGCGAUGAAUGGGUGGUAGACGAGAAUGACAAUACAGCCGUCUUCUACGCCGCAUGGAACGGACACAUGGAGUGUGUGGAUGCGCUGAUGCGCGCCAAGGUAGCCAGCGGGGAAGAUGCGCGGGUGGUGGCGGGAUCGACGGCGAAGACGGAGGUCAGCGACAUCGAACAACAACGACAAGGAGGAGAUAUGGAUGAGAUACCCACACUUGCACUCCCACCACCUAUGAUGCCUUUGCGGAUCUACGGCCACAAUUACCUCCUCAAGCGCAGCCUCCUCAAGGUGGUUCUCCCCCCUCUGCCGAUCAGGCUGAGCGAAAACGGCAGUGGCGACGAGUUGCGCUGGUCGUCACUCAAGCUAAUCGUGAUGCAGAAACCAGACACACUUAAUGCACCCCACCACCUCAUCCUCCCGUUGCAGAAACAAAGCGGGGAGUCGCAUACUCACACUCACACUCACACUCACACUCACACGCACUCGCACACUGAGUUCACAUUCCAGAUGGAAGACGGUCGCGAACACAGCCUCGACUUCGCCAUUUAUCCAGGCUUCGGGAGCGUCGUGAUGGGAAGGGCGGUCGCGCUGCCGGAGGUGCUGAUGCGGCCGUGCGUGCAACGCCACACGCUCGCGAUGCUCGAUAGCCGGUUACACACGGUCGGUCGUAUCGCCUUCUCAACCUUCCUCGUCACGCCCUACGCUGGGCUGGAAGCGGAGAGUGCGAAUGUGAACGCUUACUGGAAGUCAACGACGAAUGUGAGCGGAGCACAUGCGCAUACGCACGAGAAGGAGAAGGAGAAGGCGGAUAAAGCGGGCACUGGGAAGAGAGACUCGCCGAUGCUUUCGCCCAACUACCAAAGCGGUGAUAACGAUAACGAUAAUGAUGGCGACGGACAGGGGGAUGGGGGCGCCACUGUAAUUACUUCGUCGUCACUUCCAGAUACGUUCGCGCGUGUGCGGGUGUGUUCGAGUAAAGAUGGCAGGGCUGUAGUUGCACAGGCGGACAAUUUGUCUCUCUUGCUGCCCCUAGCACUGCCCGGUGCGCAAGUGAAGGAUUUCUCACUCAACGAUCUGUGCACUCUCGCCAGAGAGUACCAAGUAGAUGCGGAGGGAAUGGGGAGCGAGGCGAAACUUACAGCUUUAGAGGAGUUGCUGAGGAUACUCGACACUAAAACGCACAUCUUGCUCGAUAUACGUAAUGAAACGGCAGGGAACACGAACAAACUCGUCGAUGAUAUACUCAAUCAUUCGUAUCGCACGGCAUCAUCAUCCACCCGUCACAUCGCUUUCGUCACCGCUGACACGGAAAUAGCAGUGUGUCUGCAGUGGAAACAGCCGCAUUUCCCCGUUUUCUUGGGUUUGGGUUGCAACGGAUCGGUAAAAGAAGCAGUGAAGCUGAUACGGGCUAACAACUUGCUGGGGAUGUUUGUGGAUGGCAGGUUGUUGUCCAAGGUGCCGAAGCUGGUGGAUGCAGUGAGGGAGACGGGAUCGAUGGUGGUGGCUGAUGAGGCUGAUGGAGCUGGUGAGAGUGUUGCUGUGGAUGGGGUGGAUGGAGUUGCUCGGAGGAAGACGUUCAACUGCAUGACGACGUUUGGCGUUGGUGGGUAG